GGACUUCGGAGAAGGAUUUCCUCUUAAUUAAAACAUCCUAAACACAACCCAAAAAGAUAUCCUUGACAACCCAAAACACGAUGAAUUGGUUUAAACAGACACUCGCAAAUGUCGUGGGAACUGAGGAGCCAGAGUAUGGUUCUGCAGGUAUUCGCACGGUAACAGCUCAAGCUGAGAAAACUCCCUACACCGAGUUGACGAAGAACGAUUUGAAAUGGAAGGCUCUAGAGAGUACAAAUGUAGAGACUCAGACCUUCUAUAUGAUCUCAGAUGAGGGUAAAGUCGCAUCUGUUCAGAUGAUUUACAACAAUGUGGCCGGACUUCGAACAACUUGUCAACUGAACGUCAAAGUAUUCAACCACAAAGGCCCAAAACAGUCUGACCAUCUCUGGCUUUCAGAUGCACUCGAAAACUAUGGCUUUGACGAAGAAAUGGUUUCGUUCUACGCCGACGGCCUUUCCAUCGCUUUGAACGAAGCUGGUGACGAAUACACCAUCAAAGCCGCUCGUAAUGAGUCUGGGCUUGUUAACCUUGUAUUCAAGCGCGCGGCCCCUGGCUUCCAGGUGGGAGAGAAUGGAACUACCUACUACGGUACUGAUCCCGCCGCACCAUGGGGAGAGAUGAGACAUCGAUUCUGGCCUCGUUGCACCGUCACCGGUACAAUUACCACACCCGAGAAGAACUACGACUUCAAAGGACGCGGAAUUUUCAUUCACGCUAUCCAAGGCAUGAAGCCUCACCAUGCUGCUGCAAAAUGGAAUUUUGUGACUUUCCAAACACCUACCUACUCCGCUAUCAUGAUGGAGUUCACAACCCCUGCUUCUUACGGCCACACAUCUGUGAAUGUUGGAGGUAUUGUGAAGGACGGCGAGAUCGUAUACGCCGGUGCUACCAACACUGUAAAGCAUACUGAGUCGAAGGAAGACCCAGAGACUAUGUGGCCCGAACCCAUCUCAGCUGAGUAUAAAUGGGAAGGCAAGAGCAAAUCUGGUGAAUUCUCUGCAAUUCUGAGUGGACCGCUCGGGGAAAGAACAGACAGAGUUGAUAUUCUAUCACACAUUCCCAGCUUCAUCAAAUCGGUUGUUGGAGGGGUUGUGGGAACCAGACCUUUCUGUUACCAGUGGGCUAUCCCCCCAACCAACUCCCUCGUCCUCAAGAUUAAGGACGGAGAGGCAGCCGUAGAGGAGCAAGGCACACUCUUUGGUGAAUCAACCUUCAUCUUGUAGAAGCAAUGCGAAGUAUACAGAUUCCAAAGAUUACAAAUGAGGGCCUCAUGAUAAUAUAGAAGUUGGCCAAUGCUUAUAUUUAUAGUCUUGAAUAUUGCGCAUUAACAUAACAAUCGUUUACCUGCUUCUGCGAAAGCAGGAGGAGCCGUGAAGAAGGGCUUUUUAUGGGUUCUUCUUUUGCUUCCUUUCUCUACGGCUCGUUUCUACAGAUUGAGAAUGGUUUUAAUUGGAUGAUUUUUUGAAAGGGAUACGAAUGGUAUUGUAGGGCUUUUGUAAUUCGUUUUAGCCUAGAAUAUCAUUACAGUCUCGUUAUACCUACUCUCA